AUGGUCGGUACUGCUGAUCCGUACUAUAACAGAAAGCCGGUCCCAGACGAGCUCAUCAAGGAUGUCGGCCUCACCAAUCUUACUGCGGAAGAAGAGUAUUGGAAUCGUGAGCGAAAGUAUAGCGCCACUGGAGUAGAUGUCAGAAAAUUCAGCAACAGUAGAAAAGGUGGUCUGGAACCACAAGAUGACCCUUACUACGGUCGCAAGCCAGUUUCCAAGAAGGAGAUCGAAGAUGUCGGACCGACCGGCUUGACACCUGAGCAGGAAUACUGGAACCGUGAGCGAAAAUAUAGCGUCAAUGGUGUGGACGUUCGAAAGUUCAGCAUGAGCAGGACCGGCGGUUUGGAACCCCAGGACGAUCCCUACUACGGCCGCAAACAAGUCUCUUCCAAGGAAACACAAGGCAUCGGCGAGACCAACUUGACCCCAGCCGAGGCCUUCGAAGUCCGCGAGCGCAAGCAGUCCCUCUUCCAGCUCUCCAGCGACCCAUUCGAUGUGAUUGCCGGGCGCCACCGACAGUCCGUCUCCGGCGUGGCCAGCAGCGCCUCCGCAGACGCAACUCGCCGCCGUAGUUCCGCCGCCGCGCCAGACGCCGCCGCUGCUGCCGCCUCGCACAGCCGAUACCACGGCGAGAACCUCGCACCCAUUGAGAGCAGACCCGAGGGCCCGCCCGCGAACGGUCUGACUGGAAAUCCCACCACUGGCGUCCACAAGAUUACCACCGUCCCCAUCGACUAUGAUGACCCAGAUGCUGUGGCUCCUGAUGAGAGACGCUGA